GACAGCGUUGACACAUGGAUAAAAAAAAAAAAUCGCCGUUCAUUUGUAUGAGUUAUAAACAUGUCGUUUAAAAUCGCGAAAGCGGAAUGUUUGGAUUUCAGUCCAACAUUUGAUUCUCGUUGUGGUCGCGGUAAAACAAACCAAGAAAACAAUACUUCAAUACCCGUACUGAGUUUAGUUCAGUUUUCAAGAGCUCCUUUCGUGCCAUUUGGGAGGGUCAAGUUAGGAUCAUCAAAAUCACUGCCUUUACGAAUUGAUAAUCCCACCGAGGAUGCAACAACGGCAGUCAGAGUGGAUAAAAUCUCAGCAUCCAAAGGCUUUUCAAUUGAUCAGACUUCUUUUACAAUACAGCCUGAGGACAGUAUUAUUUUAACUGUCACUUGGACACCAGCUGAAGAAGGUGGGGUUCGAGAACUCCUCACAUUUGUUGCAAAUGGCAUUGUCAAACAUCAAGCAAUACUGCUUGGAAAAGCAGAGGCGACAAAAAAGAAAAAGAAAACCCUAUGGGAUUCAGUUAAAUCCAAGAGGGUGGUCCCGGCACCCUCAAAAGAAAAAAACUUGGCUUCGAUGUCAAUAAAGGCAACAAACAAGACAUUUCACGUGUCUCGCCAGUCGCAAUACAGCAAGGAUAGAACAUCAAACCCGUUGUCGCCAUUAAACCAGGAAAGGUCUGCCAAUGGCGGAGGUAUUGUCAUUGCAACCACGCCAUUGUCCACUCCACCGAUUUCAAAACCCGCAUUUGUAACAGAGGCUUUUGAUUAUCUGCAUUUACAAAGUAACUCUCCAGUUGUUGUUUUAGUACCAGUGGACAGAUUGCUUGAUACACCUGAUAAAAAGGAUGUGCUGCCAGAGUGCAAAGUGAUCACAAGGGUUUUGAAUAUAACACUUUCUCCUACUAGCACUCCAGAGAGGUUUAGAAAUUCAUUACCAUUGCAUUUUCAGAGUCCACUACCUGUGAUUGGAAAAUUUUCACAGGCUGAACAACAGGAACCAGAGAAACCAUCUCUGUCUGUUAAAAAUGCUCUCCAUAUUAUAGGAUCAGAUCUUGCGCAUGCAAUGAGCCCUCCAAAUGCAUGCUCAAGCUUUGACUUUUCCGAUUCUCUUGAAUCCGAAAAGCUGGAUCCAGAAUCUGUUCCUGAAACAUCAUUUAGAGCAACUGUGGACAUUUCCCCACCAGUUGAAGCUCCUCACCCAAGGUUGACGUACUGUGUUAAACCCAACAAAGCCUUAGGAAUAGAAUCAAAUCAUGACCGGUUUCCGCUCAAGUCAUUACCUAUAAGCACCUCUACAGUGACUAAGUCGAAAAAAGUGGAUGAUGCCCUUGAUCUUGAAGAUUUGAAGCACAAGAAGGUUCCAAUUAAUUCUACCACAGUGACCAAAAGCAAAGCAGAAGCCUCUGAGAUUCCAGCCUUGCGUAAGAAGACCUCCAGACGCAGACUUCUAGAGAAGACCUUGGAGCUCUCAGAACCUAGUAAUGCAGAAUCCAAUACAAGCUCUCAGGAGAGCAACUCCUCUCUACCCAUCAUUGGCUCUGAUUCGAGUGCAGAUGUGGCCCUUGAAUCUAAAACUCCUGUAACUUUAAUGCAGGUUACAACAGAGAAACCAACCUCAUAUUUAUCCCCACCUUCUGAACACCUUUUGUCAUUAAUUUCGCCCAUACGUUCUCAGCCUGAAGUUCUGCCCUCCUUUAGUCAAACUCAAAAAACCAGUCUGGAGUUGGCAACUGAUAAAGCCUCUGACAAGGUGCCAUCAGGUCUUUGUCUGGACCAAUUUCCUGUGCAUUGCAAGACAUUAGCGGCAAAUAAAAAAAGAAAAAGUGAAGAAUUUUUGAGAGAUCACUCCGAAAACGCAUCAAACCUCCAAGCGAAGAAGUGCCGCGUUCUGGCACAUGCAACAGAGUCCAAGAAGUCGAGCCGAGAGAAAACGUCAACUUCAAGGGCUACAUCUGGACAGCAGCAUCGAAAACCUAUAGCUCCACCGAGUUCAAAACCUCCACUUAAGAAAUCCUGUCCAAAAACAAUUCAAAAUGAUGGUCAGUCUGUGAAGUCACUCAGUAGCUCAACUCGAAAGCCUGCAAAGAUAGUGGCUGUGGCGCAGGCCAAACUAACCUUUCUGAAGCCAACGCAGACAGCCAUACCAAGGCAUCCGCUGCCAUUUGCCGCAAAGAACAUGUUUUAUGAUGAACGAUGGAUUGAGAAGCAGGAAAGGGGCUUCUCCUGGUGGAUGAAUUACUUUCUCACUCCUGAUGACUUCAAAGUUGCUACUGAAGUUACCAAAGUGAAUGCCUUGUCCUUAACAAUGGGGGAUGAGAAAUUCAACAUACCCAAGGCACCAACAAAAGAGGAGAUGUCUUUUAGAACUUACACAGCCCGUCAACGUCUAAACCGCCUUCGGCGAGCUGCUUGCAAGCUUUUCACUUCAGAUACCAUGGUGAAGGCCAUCCAGAGACUGGAACUGGAGGUAGAAGCCAAGAGGCUUCUUGUGCGAAAAGACAGACAUCUUUGGAAGGACAUAGGUGAGCGUCAAAAAGUUCUCAACUGGCUUGUAUCGUACAAUCCACUUUGGCUAAGAAUCGGACUUGAGACAAUCUAUGGAGAGCUGAUAUCACUUGAAAGCAACAGUGAUGUCAUGGGACUGGUGAUGUUCAUUCUUGGACGUCUGCUCUGGAAUCCAGAUAUAGCUGCAGAGUUCAGACACGCUAAAGUGCCCCAUUUGUACAGAGAUGGCCAUGAGGAGGCGCUCUCUCGCUUCACUCUAAAGAAACUUAUUCUGCUGGUCUGCUUUCUGGAUAAGGCCAAAGAGUCCAGACUGAUUGAACAUGAUCCUUGUUUGUUCUGCAUGGAUGCUGAAUUUAAGUCAAGUAAAGAUCUGCUUUUGGCAUUCUCACGAGAUUUCCUCAGUGGUGAAGGGAUUUUAUCACGUCACCUCAGCCACCUUGGCUUAGCAGUGUCCCAUGUUCAGACUCCUUUGGAUGAGUUCAACUUUGCCGUGAAGAAUCUUGCUGUUGACUUGAGAUGUGGCAUUCGUUUGGUGCGUGUCAUGGAGCUCUUCACUCUAGACUGGACUUUGUCUAGAAAGCUCCGGAUACCCGCUAUUAGCCGCCUGCAGAAAGUGCACAAUGUUGACGUUGCACUACAGGUGCUGAAAAACAAAGGUGUAGACCUUAAAGAUGAACUUGGAGUGACCAUUGACUCCAGAGACAUUGUGGAUGGACACAGGGAAAAGACCCUGAACCUCCUGUGGAAAAUCAUCUUCACCUUCCAGGUAGAAGUGCUACUUGAUGAGAAUCAGCUCAAAGAGGAAAUCAGUUUCCUCCGGAAAACCUGGAGAACAAAACAGAAGUUGGCCUCACUAAUGACUAACAGAGGUGUUGUAGUGAAGAGAAUGAAGGCCAGACAAGCAUUUGAACAUCCCAGCCAAAAAGUAACACUGCUGCUGGACUGGGUCAAUGCUGUUUGUGAGUUCUACAAUUUAAAGGCUGAGAACUUUACAGUGUCAUUCUCGGAUGGCCGUAUCCUUUGCUACCUCAUUCAUCAUUACCACCCCAGUCAACUCCCUGCUGCGGAAAUUCAGCUGAGAACGACACAGACUGUAGAAUGUGGUCAACGUGGCAGAGUGGAGCUUAAUAACUCCUCUAGUGACUCCGACAGCUCCUUUGAUGCCUUACCCAAGAUGCAAGCUGAAUCCCUGUCAGUGGACUUCAGAGAACUUUUUGAGAAUGAGAGAAAUAAUUUUCAGUUGGUGAACACUGCUGUGUCUAAUCUUGGAGGAGUUCCUGCCAUGAUAAAUCCAGAGGAUAUGUCCAACACAAUCCCAAAUGAAAAGGUGGUCACGUGUUACCUCUCCUUCCUUUGUGCUCGUCUCCUGGAUCUCCGCAAUGAAACAAGAGCAGCCCGUGUCAUCCAGGGUGCAUGGCGGCGAUACAAGCUACAGAAAGACAUUGAGCUUCUUCAGCAAAAGAACCUGGCUGCCAGUAAAAUCCAGGCCCUUGUGCGGAAGUUCAUUCUGAGAAAAAGGCUGAUCCGACAGAAUAAAGCAGCCAUUAUGAUCCAGGCCUUCUGGAGAGGAUACGCUGCACAAGAGAAGUUAAGAGUGCUACAACAAGAAAGACAUUUUGCUCUUCAAAAUGCAGCUGCAACUGUAAUUCAGAAAACAUACAAAGCUUGGAGGAUUCAAACUGUCCUGAAGAAAAACCAUGCUGCUUCUCUGAUCCAAGGGGCUUUUCGGAAGUGGCAUGCAAAAAGAGUGAUGGAAAGAAACACUGCAGCCUUGCGGAUUCAAUCAUGGUACAGAAUGCAGAGUUGUAUAAAACAAUACCUGGAAAUGAAAAGCAAUGCAAUCUGUAUUCAAGCAUGGUUCAGAGGUCACAUUCAAAGACGCAAGUUUGAGACUUUAAAGAAAAGGCAUUAUGCUUCAGUCAUCAUUCAGAGUGCAUUUAGGGCCUACCUUGUGAGGCAACAUAUAUCUAAAAUGAAGCAAAGUGCAGUCUUUAUUCAGAGGUGGUUUCAAGCCUACAUGCUUAGGAAAGCAGAGCAGAAGAGGUAUCUGGAGCUUAAAUCUGCAGUUAUCACUCUGCAAGCAACUGUCCGUGGAUGGAAGGUCCGCAGAACAGUGGCUCAACGCCAGCAAGCUGCACUUCUGAUUCAAACUGCUUUCAGGAGGCUUAUGGCUCAAAGGCACUUUAUGUCUUUGAAAAGAUUGGCCAUCAUUCUGCAACAGAGAUACAGAGCUAAAGUACUUGGAGACAAGGUAAGACAGGAGUUUAAGUCUCUUAAACUCGCUUCAGUGACAGUCCAAGCAAUGUGGCGAGGACGAGCUGAGAGGAGGAAGAUUGGUCAACUUCACACAUGCGCCAAGAUCAUUCAGUCACACUAUCGUAGAUAUGUGGCUCAGACUCAGUUUUUGGAAAUGAAACGGGUUGCCUUGGUCAUUCAGAGACAAUACAGAGCUCUCAAAGAGGGACAGAAAGUGUAUGCAGAAUACACUGAAAUUAAAAAAGCGGCCAUUGUGUUUCAGAGUGCUUAUCGUGGCAAGAGAGUAAGGCAAGAGCUGCAGAAGAAGAACAAAGCAGCAACUUUGAUUCAGUCAGCAGUGAGAGCGUAUAGUUACCGGCAGAAGUUCUUGGCUCAAAAACAAGCAGCUAUUGUCAUUCAACGAAGCUAUCAGGCUUUUGCGCUUGGACGAUGUGAAAGAGACCAUUUCACCCACUUGAGACAGGCCACUGUAACGCUCCAGGCCAUAUACCGUGGCUCCAAAGUGAGACUAAAAGUAAGACGUGAGCAUCAAGCUGCUACUGUCAUUCAAGCUCAGUUCCGAAUGCAUAAACUACGCAUUGCCUUUCUUGCUGAAAAGUUUGCUGCUAUCGUUAUACAGCAACGAUACAGAGCAUACAGAAUUGGAAAAUGCACACAAGCUACAUACUCGCAGAUGAAAAAUGCUGCUGUAGUAAUUCAGUCAGCGUUCAGAGGAAUGAAAGUUCGCAAUCAUUUGCAAAAAUCACACCAAGCUGCAACAGUGAUUCAGGCACAUUUCCGAGGGCGUUCCCAACUCAAAAAUUACCGAAGACAACAGUGGGCCACAUCGGUUUUACAACAGCGAUUCAGGGCUAUCAUGACUAAACAUGCUGUCAUCAAGCAAUAUGCAGCUUUAAAAAAAUCUGCACUUUGUAUCCAGUCAGCUUUUCAUGGAAUGAUGGUUAGGAAGCAGAUUGCAGAAAAUUACAAAUCUGCCGUAAUAAUCCAGAAUACAUACAGAGCGUACAAGCAACGGCAGAAUUACCUUUCUUUCAGAAGUGCCACCAUCCAUAUUCAGCAGCAAUACAGAGCAAUUUUAAGUGCAAGACAACAACGUAAAAGCUUUUGCUGCUUGCGAGCAGCUGCCAUCACCUUGCAGUCUGUGUACCGAGGGAUAAAUACAAGGAAAAAGAUCAAUAAAAGACAUGAAGCAGCCACUGUGAUUCAGGCAUGGUACCGAAUGUACAGAACUAGAGUGCCAUUUCAAGCCAUGAGACUAGCUGCAAUGGUCAUACAGAGACAAUACAAGUGCCAUCUACUGAGAAGAGAGGCAAGGGAGAACUUUUUACGGCUUCGGAAUAGCGCAAUAGGAAUUCAGGCUAUGUACAGAGCAAACCGGACGCGGCGUGAAAUUGCUAGAAUGCAUUUUGUUGCCACAGUCAUUCAAAGGGAGUACUUUGCCUACAAAGAAAGAAAGCACUUUUUGUCUAUCCGAGCUGCUGUUGAAUUCUGUCAGCGACGCUAUCGAUCCAUUUUGGCAGCAAAAAAAAAUCGGAGAGAUUAUGUUGCUAAACGCCACGCUAUUGUUGCAAUCCAGGCAGCUUUCAGAGGAAUGAAGGUCCGCCAACAGGUCCGCAUAGAGCAUGAGGCUGCAACAAUCAUUCAGUCCCAUGUGAGAAAGCACAUCCUCAAGUUGCGCUUCAAGAGACUUCGGUGGGCAGUUUCUGCUGUUCAACAGCGUUUCAGAGUUAACAAAAUUAUGAAGCAAGAUAUGGCAGCAUUAAAAGAAAAGAAGAAUGCUGCUGUGGUUCUACAAGCAGCAUAUCGUGGCAUGAAGUCCCGACAGACUUUGAAGCAAAUGCAUUAUGGUGCCACUGCCAUUCAGAGAACUUUCAGGGCUUAUAGUGCUCGUAGGCGAUAUUUAGCCCUGAAAUAUUCCGCCACUGCUAUUCAGCAAAGAUAUCGUGCCAGAAAUGCUGCCAAACAACAAAGAAAGCACUUUCUUAAAAUGUGCCAAGGUGCACUUGUUCUGCAAGCAUGCUACAGAGGUCAUAAAGUUAGGAGGACUCUAUCACUACAGCAUCAGGCAGCUGUCUUAAUUCAGUCUUAUUUUAGAAGCCACAAAGAGAUGGUAAAGUACCAGGCCAUGAGAUUGUCCGCAGUCAUUAUCCAGAGCCAUUACAGGUCAUAUACCCAGGCAAGAGCAGAUCGGGAGAACUAUCUAUGUUUGAGAAGGUCUACAUUAGUUAUUCAGGCAGCUUUUAGAGGACUUUAUGCUAGGAGACAAUUAGAUGAAAUGCACAAAGCUUCCAUCAUCAUACAGGCUUCAUUCCAGUUGCAUAAGCAAAGGUCAGCAUUCAAGAGACAAUGCUGGGCGGCCAGGAUUCUCCAGCAGAGGUUUAGAGCUUUGAAACUCAGAGACAAGCAAGUGCAGAGAUACCAGCGGGUGAGGAAUGCUGCAAUAUGCCUUCAGAAGUCUUUCAGAGGGAAGAAGGGAAGAGAAUUUACCAGACGAACCAAAGCCGCAAGAAUCAUCCAGGCCUACCUAAGGAUGUCUGUCCAAAGACAGCAUUUCCUGAAAGAAAAGGCUGCAGCAAUUGUUAUUCAGUCUGCUUACAGAGGCUACCGCACCAGAGUUGCACAUGCUAAGAUGCAAGAAAGUGCAACACUUAUCCAGAAUUGGUAUAGAUCCUGUAAACUCAUCCUGAAAGAACGGAAUGGAUUCGUAGGUCUUCGGCAAGCUACGCUUACAUUGCAGUCUGCCUUGCGCGGAAUGCUGGCGAGGAGGCUUGCGAAACAGAGGCGGGCUGCAAUCAAGAUCCAGUCUGUGUUGCACAUGCACGUACACCGCAAGCGCUAUAUGAUGCUCCGCUCAAGUGUUGUGAAGUUGCAAGCGCAUUACAGAAUGUUUGUGGCCCAGACAAGAUACUACAGAUGUAAGGCUGCAGCUGCUACUCUACAGAAGCAUUACAGAGCUCAUAGAGCAAAAUUAGAGUGGAGAUGUCGUUACCAGAAGACAAUCCAAAGCAUCAAGAUCUUUCAGGCCAGAGUGCGUGGAAGCAUUGAGUACAGAAGAUUUCAAAGAUUAAGGACGAGCACCAUCAUUAUUCAGGCACAUUAUCGAGGAAUGAUUGAGAGAUACAAGUUUCAGCAACUCAAGGAAGCUGUUUGCGUUAUACAGAAGCAUUACAGGGCUUUCCGAAUCUGUCAGAGAGAGCGUGCACAGUUCCUUCAGCUGCGAAGGUCUGCUGUUGUGAUACAAACAGCAUUUCGUGCUUAUCAAGAAAGACAACAUGCUCUGCGAACACAAGCUGUGUGGAACAUUCAGGCCUGGUUUAGAGGACGCCAAGCUAGGCGAAACUACAUCUUAAAACUGGCUGCUAUUGCAACCAUUAGACGAUGUAUUCAAACAAGACGCCAACGUUCAAGGUUUCAAGCAGUCCAGCACAGUGUCCGGAUCAUUCAACAAAGAUGGAGGGAAACUCUGAUUGCCAGAAAACAGCAAGCUGACUUCCUGAGGUUUAGAAAAUCUGUUAUAUGUAUUCAGGCAUUAUGGAGAGGUGCGAGUGUUAGAGAUUCAAUUCAAAAGCAAAUAAAAUCUGCUGUGAAGAUACAAUCAGCUUUCAGAGGUUGUACCAUAAGACGACAGUAUAAACAGCAGAGAGCCUCCACUAUAAUUCUACAGCAGCAUUUCCGAGCCUUGCAGCUAGCCAGAGUCGAGAAAGAGAAUCUAAGACGACGACACAGUGCUGCAGUUUGUCUACAGGCUUUAUGUCGUGGUUGGCUCACAAGACAACGGAUAAAAGAAAUGGCAUGUGCUGCAAGAAGCCAUCGUUUCACUGCUGCUGUUUACCAUCAUCUCUGUGCAAUAAAGAUUCAGAGAGCCAUUCGUGCACACAGGGCUCUUAAAUCAGCCAAGAGGCAGAUCUCUUUGGUCCUUUACAUCCAGCAAUGUUUUAGGGCAAAGAUGCAGAGACAGAGAUAUCUUAAAGACAGGCAGGAUAUCAUCACGGCUCAAAGAGCAGUGAGAACUUGGUUACAUCGUCGCAACCAAGCUGCCACUACUAUUCAACAUGCAGUCAAGAAGUUCCUUCUUAGACGUCGCUUGGAGAGGAUGCAGCGUGGAAUAGUAAAGGCACAGGCACUCUGGAGGGGACACUGUUCAAGAAAGCUUAAUGACACAAGCAAAGUCAUCUCCAUCAGGCGAUGUUUCAGGAACAUUAAUCGGAUGGUUAAGGAAGAAGAUAAGCUGUGUAACAAGACCACAACAGCACUGAGUUACCUGCUUGGAUACCAAAAUUAUGCAUACAUUCUUGCAGCUUUAAAACAUUUGGAAACAGCCACCAGACUUUCACCAGAAUGCUGUGAACGUCUUGUUGAAAGUGGAGCCACAUGCACCAUCUUCACUUUGAUUAGGAGCUGCAACCGUAGUGUGCCUUCAAUGGAGAUCAUCACCUUAUCCAUCCAAGUCCUUCUAAACUUGUCAAAAUACAACAGAACCAUUGAUGCCGUCUAUGAUGUUGACGGCUCUGUAGAAACUCUACUGGAUCUCCUGCAGAUCUACAGGGAAAAGGCUGGUGAUAAGGUUGCAGAUAAAGGGGGCUGCAUCUUUACCAAGGCUUGUUUUCUCUUGGUUCUGUUGGUCCAGGAUGAAUGGAGAGCAAUGGAGGUGCGAAAACAGCCCAAGAUUUCAGAUCGCAUUCGCAGCAUCUACCGGCUUACGCUACGAAAAUGCAAGAUGGACGCAGAGAGGACCAAGGUCAAGCAGAAAAUGAAUGCAUCUCUCAAUGGGAGUUUCCUUCAAGCCACCCCUCGCAAAUCAAAACCAAUGGCCAGAUUUGCUCCAGACUGGGUUCUACGGCGUGACAAAAUGAAGGACAUUGUCGACCCUCUUCGUGCUAUUCAGAUGCUUGCAAAUGCUCUUGCUCUGGUGCCCUGAAAAUAUUUGCGGCAAGAAAAAUUAUGAACCUGUGUGCUGCCAAUGAGUAAAAAAAAAAAAAAGUGUUUGAUUUUAGCUCCAAAUUCUGUGUACCCUGUUUGCCAUGUACAUAUUUUAAAUUUUUGUAAUGUAUAUCAUUUUAGCUCCUUGUUUUUUGUUGAUUGUUUUAUUGGUGAAUUUUUAUAUAUAUAUAUAUAUAUAUUUCUGCUAUAAGAUUUGUGACACAGUAAAUACAAGUGCUGCAGUUUGUAAUUUUAUAUUUUUUAAUGUGCUGUAAUUGAACAUUAAAAACAAUGUCAAACCUUUAAAAAUAACCUGGUACUAUUCGGAUUACUAUUGUUACUAUUCCAUUCGGAAUUAACAUGCUGAUUUCCUGUGUGACCAUGUUAAUA